CUCAGGAAGCCGUAGAUCGAGGGGUUGAUGGAUCCAUUUUUGAAUUGAGACGCAAUCAGUGGCUUAUGAUGUUUGUGUUUUUGGUAGGGUUCCCAGUGUAGUGGAAUUGUUGUUGUUGUGUUUUGUUUUGUUAGUAUGUUUGUUUGUGGAUGAAUGCGUUUCUGAAUUGAGUGGCUUGGAGCUUGAAGGAGGAGGCGGGCGACGCGUGUUGUGGGACAUGAGCUGGUCAGAUCUGGACAGUGACUGGAGAGAUUGGUAGGGGGUACAAGACUAGUAGUGUAGAGGACAGGAGUAAGACAUGAGAGCUUCGGCAUGGAUUCUAGUGCGAAUAAGAGCGCCGCGGCUCUUGGAAGUGUAUUGCAAGCGGAAGCGUAGCAGGACGAGAGUUUCCACGACCAUUUUAUCUCAUCGUGACUUCACUCGUGUAGCAUAAUUCACUUUGAUUUUGGGCGAAGAUAUUCGCACAGAAGUAAGAACAGUAAAAUGAUCUGGAGAAGAAAAGUUUCGCGAGAACGUAGCUUGUGUUUGAGAAUUCGUGAAACGCUGGAUCAGUAUUGAUAGCGGCAGGGGUAGAUACAAGUGUGCGAAGGUUUGAGAUCUCAAAGUUUGGAGGAGGAGUCUUGUACAGAAGGACGUCUACAAUCUUAGCAGCAGUUUUGGUACGAGCUUACGUGCGGCACUGGCAAGGUUCGAUUGACGCGGUGCACGCGACGUGUUGGAUUCCAAGGAAGGACGAUUGUUUUGGCACCAAGUUUUGAUGUCCACUGACCGAGGCCUCCUUACUUACCGAGUCGAAACAUGUGACUGAUCAACCAAAUGCCUUCAAAGGUAACGUUAGCCAUUAAACUAGAGCAGGCAAGAUGUAUCUUGCAGGACUUGUUAGCUCUACGUUCGUGAUGCCCCAUCGGCCAGCAGGAAAUGUAGAGCUUGUGGAGCUCUCGCUGGAGGAUGAGUAUCUCCCGCCCAAGCCCGUGGAGAGACACAAGGAGCUUCACAGAGAUCAUCUCAGCAACGGCAAUGGGCAUCUGAAUGAUACUACAAUCUGUGACUAUGGUGUUAGUAAUCAGACUCAAGCUAUCUCUGAGAUUAAGAAUGGCAAUACCAGCAUGAUACCUGCCGCGUCGAAUGUGAAAUCGAAAGCUAGAAGAAGACGCAGGAUUUCUAUGGAGGAUCUACCCCCAGACCUUUACAUGGAGCCUCUGAAUCCUCUAUUGUUGAGGUCGCCUGAAAGUGGUGCAACGUCUCUUGGUUCGCAAGAUCAGCUCCAAAUUAGGUCGGCUUUGCAAGAGAGAGCGGUGCGUGUGUUGCGAAAGUUAGGUUUGGAAGAGCAGGGUUUGGAUCAAGAAUGGUCGUUCUGGAUGUCGGGUGUGGCGCAAAUAGAUAAGACCGUGACUGUAACAGAGGUGACGUCGAGAAUGACGACAGUUAGCUUGAGGUCGAAGCUUGGAUCACCACUGUUAUCAAGUAGAGUUCAACACCACCCGUUGGAAGUGGCCCAGGAGUUGCAAGAGUACAGACUCUCAGAUGCAGACGCAAGCACAAGUGAUGCCGAGCCUAGAGAGCCAUCGAGGGAGUCUUGUGAGGAAAUUGGGAGGAAUGUUAUCAAUGUAGAGCGUCUACCAAAAACAAACGAGGCCUUCGAAAGGUUUUUGCAAGAAUUGGAAAGGAUAGAGGAGAGUGAAUCCAUGAAAGAGCGAAAGCCAUCUACGAAGAAAGUAGAAGCUGGAGAGGUUGCGCCGCAAUACUCUGGUCGAGAGACAGUGAGGGUUACACAACUACGUAUUGAGCAACCAGAUGAGUCAAAAAGGGAGGGAUCGCGAGAUUAUGAGGCGCCAAUUGUAGCAUCGGAGAAUUCGAACUUGGAGUGUGGAAGUGUAGCUCUUCAUGGUCUGGGCAAGCCAACUCUAUCACCUAUACCAUCUCUGUCGAGCCCUAUGAUGGAGAGGUCCUCUCCACAAUCUCUGUCACCUUUACCAUCUUUGUCCAGCCCUAUGAUGGAGAAGUCAUCCCUUAUGUCUCCAUCACCUUCACAAUCUUUGCCUAGCUCUGUGAUAUCAAAUUCAUCUCCACAAUCUCCAUCUCCUCUACCAUCUUUCUCUAGCCCCGUCAUGGAGAAGUCGUCUCUUCCAAGUGUGUCACCUUUGCCGUCUCUCUCAAGCCCCGCGAUGGAGACGUCGUGCCUUCCAAGUCUAUCCCCUAUGCCAUCUCUGUCAAGCCCCGUUAUGGAGAAGUCAUCUAUGCAGUCUCUGUCACCUCUACCGUCUUUUUCAAGCCCAAUGAUGGAAAAGAUGCAAGGGGAUUGUGCUUCGACGGAAUCACCUUACUCGAAUAAUACAGAACUUCCGAACCUGCCGAAAUUGGUAGUGAAAGUAGUGGGAACUACGGCUGUGAAGAAGGGAAAAGUAUCAAGGAGCUCCUCGUCGAAACUGAUAGAGUCGGAUAAUCAAGGUCUUUCAUUUCGGCGAUGGAAGCGAGAGUCUCCUCCUGAACGAAAGCUGACUUUAGCCUCUUCGAAUUUUCAGGAUCUUGAUAUUGGAACCUCACAGGACGUUGAAAUUCCUGCCGAUGAGUACGCGAAGACUAUAGAUGUAAAAUCGAUUCUAGCUAGCUCAGGACGCAGGCUUUCCAAACCUCGCGAUAAAGGCAUAGACGAAUCCUUGGAGGAUGAUAAGAAUAUCACAACUGACCAAGCCAAGUCUUCUCCACCAAACUUUGAAGCUUUCCUGAAUCUCAAAACCUUCGAUCUGGGUCUUAGAAGAGCAACGGCCAAUGUGGAUUUGGAUGUCCGGAAGUGUAGAGACGAGUCGCAGCCUGAUUAUCAUUCUCCGUCAUCUUUCACGUGCAGACUUUCGCCUCUGUCUUUAUUCUCAGACGACCCUGAGCCAUUUCAAUGGAACCUGUCCCCGUUCCAUGACAAGUUUUCCGACUUAGGCCAGGCUCAUGAAGAAGCGUCGAUGCGCAGCAAAUCUCCCCGGUCAGUGCUGUCCCAGGAGCCGGAGGAUGUCUCCCAUUUUACGCGACGCGCGAGAGGAAGCUGCGAGACGCGAUUGAAGACUCGUCCGCCUUGGGACUCUUCGUGCACAUACUUAUAUAAAUAUAAAUACGAGUCUUCAGAGGUGGAGUCUCCGCCAAAAACCGGGUACAGACAACAGCCAUUUUCUACGUUUCAAUACAACGUGACCGGGGAAAUGGGAGUGACGUCGUCAGAUGAGGAUCGAGAUGACGCUCCUGAUACUGCGACCCUAGUUAACGAAGAUCGGUACCCUUCAAGUUCUCCUGAGUUGCGAUGCUUUCGAGAUGCAAAUCAACGGGAGCCAUGGCUUGAUGAAUUAGACGACACGGACUUGGAAUUCCUUUUCCCCCUUGAUUUCAAAAAUAAGAAUGAAGUUCUAAUCACAGCAGCACUGCGGGCGUGUAAGCAGGUUUCGGCGAAUGCAAACCCCCAGACGCCUCAAGAAAGUCCGAGGAGACUUAGUGAAGACAUGAUCACAGCAGUGCUGGAGGUGCAGAAGCAGAUUUCGGCAAUGGCAAGCCCCCGGACGCCUCAACAAAGUCCGAAAAGGCCUAGUAAAGACAUGAUCGCAACAGUACUGAAGGUUCGCAAGCAGAUUUCAGCAACGGCAAGCCCUCGGACACCUCAAGAAAGUCCGAGGAGAUCUAAUGAAUACGUGGUUACAACAGUACUGAAGGUACGCAAGCAGGUUUCAGCAAUGGCAAGUCCCCAGACACCUCAAGAAAGUCCGAGACCCGAUGAACACAAGGUCACCGCUGUACCAGAGGCGUGCAGAGAGGCAUCGGCGACGAUACUUUCGUCGUCACCUCAAGAAAGUAAGAAACCACCUAACACAGACAUGAUCGCAACAGUACCAGUGGUUCGCAGAGAGGCAUCGGCGAUGAAACUUUCAUCGUCACGUGAAGAACCUAACAUAGUAACGAUCGCACCAGCACCAGAUGUGCGCUUGGAGGAUUCGGAAAUGGCAGGCCUCACAACACCACAGGCAGGUGUAAGACCUACAAAUCAGAAGGCCUGGGUACCACUCAUCCCCAGCCAGCUCCACAGCGCCAAUUCAACUCCUGUUCGUAGCCCUACGAAGAGAGACACUUCCACAUCACGGCGCCUAAGGUUUCAAGAGAAAUCUUCAGAUGUUUUCGUCGCAAGCCUCUCCAGAGGUGUUUCUUCUGAAAGGCAGAGCCCUCUUCCUCCGAAGCCGGCUCCUAAGCGCCAUGUCAACUUCGCACCCGACCUGGUGACAGAAUUCCCGAUCCCAACAUCGAACUCAGACCGGAAGUCUAAGCUGUCUCCGCUUCAGGUUCCUCUUCCGCGUGGUGGUGCAAAUCAUGAGGCCAAACCUUCCAACGCGAAUAGCUGGCAAGUUCAUGAAGAGGACGGUCCAUCUAUUAUGACAUCUAGACGACGGUGGAGUUGCCGAUACGAGAGUUCAACUGCUCAGGGGAGAUCAACGAAAUCGGGGUGGGGCACCGUUGAACGGCCUCCUAAAGGCCGCCGACGGCAGAGAAUAGCGACCUCGUUGCCGUUUUGUUCUGGGAGUCUGUUCUCGUGGCCACAGAAGUUCGCAUUCAAGGUGAGCAAGAACAGGCCCGCAGACAGCAGCGACGACGACGACAUGGUUGUCGUCGACGCGCACAGCUUUGGUAGGUCAGCACGUACAGACGCAGAUGCGGUUCGAAGGAUACUUAGAGGUAGUCAGAAGAAGUAUGCAAACAUGUCUGGCUGAUAUAAUGACACGAUUUUCAGUAAGGCACAAACAAGUCUACUCUUGUACGAUAUUGCAACAGACAACAAACCCACAUAAUUUUUUUCCUGUCA